AUAAAUUGUAAUUUUGAUAACAUUAUUUUAGAAAUUUAAAUAUAUUAACUUCUUAUUUUGUUUUUAUUACUAGAAUAUUUUCCUUAAAAUAAGAUAGUAAAGUAACAUUAAUGUUGUGCUCAAGAAUAAUUAGAUGAUCAUCCUAAGUUUUCUAUGAUGCUUUAUAAAUGUUGUCAUAAAUAACAACAUUUAUAAAAUCUUGUCCAUUUAUUAUUCUAUGUAGGUGCUUUCAAAAGCAUGAACUGCAUCCCCCAGAAAAUCCUGUUGUUUGUCAUCAAUCAGAAGGUAGAAAUACACAAUUUGUAAUUAAAUGCUGCAAUGGUUAUGACUACUGUAAUCGUGAUCUUUUUCCAACAUUAGCACCCCCUACUACCACCUCAGGUAAGAAAAGCUAUGUAUUGAAUCAGAUGUAUUGAACUUAGUUUCUUUUUCAUUAAUUCAGGUGUUUACAUAAAGAGAAGCACUUUCCUCCAGACAAACCACAUAUGUGUCACAAACCCAAGCCUGGAAUCAUAAAAGUCACAAUCUGCUGUAAUGAAUAUGAUUUUUGUAACAAGGACCUUCAUCCCACACUCCCUCCUGACCAUAGAUUUUCAGAAAACAGUGUUAGUCAUUGGAAUCCAUAUUUAGGAAAUACAGAAUUGGCAUUUGUCAUUGCUGGGCCAAUUUGUUUAGUUUGCAUAUUUUUUAUGUUGGGUAUGUCAAUAUGGCAAAGGAAACAACGAUUACAUCGAUACAGGGCAGAUGUAGAAAUUGCUUCUGAAAUAAAUCAUACUAUUCUAGGACCUGGUUAUUCAUUGAAAGAUAUGAUGAUAGAUACAACUACAUCAGGUUCUGGUUCAGGUUUGCCACUACUUGUUCAACGUAGCAUAGCACGGCAAAUUCAAUUAAUUGAAAUAAUUGGCAAAGGAAGAUAUGGUGAAGUCUGGAAGGGUCGUUGGAGAGGAGAAGCUGUUGCAGUAAAAAUAUUUUCAUCUAGAGAUGAAAGAUCGUGGUUCAGAGAAGUUGAAAUUUAUCAGACUGUCAUGUUAAGACAUGAUAAUAUUUUAGGAUUUAUUGCUGCUGAUAACAAAGAUAAUGGUACUUGGACUCAGUUAUGGCUAGUCACUGAUUAUCAUGAAAAUGGAUCCUUAUUUGAUUAUUUAAAAAGAACUACAGUAGACAGUGCUGGAAUGUGUAAAAUGGCUUAUUCCAUAGCCAAUGGAUUAGCUCAUUUGCACAUUGAAAUUUUAGGAACUCAAGGUAAACCAGCCAUUGCACAUCGUGAUUUAAAAAGUAAAAAUAUUUUAGUCAAAAGCAAUGGAACAUGUGCUAUUGCUGAUUUAGGACUAGCAGUUCGAUAUGACUCAGUCACAUAUUCAGUAGAUAUUCCACCCAAUACAAGAGUUGGUACAAAACGGUAUUUAGCUCCUGAAGUACUUGAUGAGACUAUCAAUACCAAUCAAUUUGAUUCAUUUAAACGUGCUGAUAUAUAUGCCUUUGGUUUAGUACUUUGGGAAAUUGCUCGACGAUGCAAUGUUGGAGGAAUUUUUGAAGAUUAUCAACUUCCUUACUAUGACAUGGUGCCUUCUGAUCCCAGUAUAGAAGAGAUGAAAAAAGUGGUAUGUGUUGAUAGGCAAAGACCACCUAUACCAAACAGAUGGCAAUCAUAUGAGGCCCUUAGAGUAAUGUCAAAAAUUAUGAAAGAAUGCUGGUAUCAUAAUGCUGCUUCAAGAUUAACUGCCCUUCGUGUGAAAAAAACCAUUGCUAACUUUGGUGUACAAGAAGAUCUGAAAAUAUGACUAUGUGCCUCAUUAAUCAAUUCAAAGGCAUGUUAAUAGUAUAUUGUAACUUUCCAUCAUUGAAUGGAGAGUUUUAUAAUAAUGGGUGUAAAAAUGAUGAUAAAAGAUUGCAAACUGCAAAUUUGGAUUGGACUUCCAAAAAAAACAAAAACAAAAAAGCUUGAAUUGCAUGGAAUGUUUAUUUCAUAAUGUACUGUACAUAGAACUAAUGACAUCUACAAAGACUAUUGGUGCUCAAUGCAGUGCCAUUUUUGAAACUAUCUUAAAGCAUAAGGAAAGCUUCUCCUGAUGGCAGAAAUAAAUAAUCCUGUAUUUAUGAGUAAACUGAAAAAA